UUGACACUGAAAGUUCGUCGUUAUAUCUAUUUAUCUACUUUUCACGUAAAAAUUAUUUUUAGUUUUUUUUUUAAGUAUAUUUAAAUAAAUUAUUUUCCAUUAGAUCUUUUGGUUGCUACGGUUGCAUCUCAUUUUACUUUUCAUUUGUAUUGAUUAAUUUUAAUAUUAUUUUAUUAUAGCUAAGUAUCCUUGUUGUAUUUACGUAAAGGAAUGAUUUUCAUUUUGUUUGCUUUAAUUUUUUAUAGUUCUUGCAACUAUUUAGUUGAGACAUAUUCUCAAACAGAAACUAAUGGCAGAGAAUUGUUACUGUGUCGUAAAUGUGGCACUGAUGUGGCUGAUUCACAUUAUAUGUUUAAUAAGCUUAGCUCGGGGGCACAAAAAGUAGAUAAGCAAACUAUGUUUGGAAAACAAAACAUUACAGUUCAAACACUGGUUAAUCCAUUUGGAAUAAAUUUUGAUAUAAUCACAAUGGAAAAAGCAAACUGUAAAAAUAUUGGUGCAAGUCAAGGAGCAGAUUCUUGGUUUCCAGGCUAUACUUGGAGAAUAUGUGUUUGUCCACAUUGUGGUCAACAUCUAGGUUGGACUUUUUCACAUUCUGACUCAAAUAAUAUUGGAAAUGAUGAAGUGCAUACUUUUCAUGGAUUAAUUUUAAGUAGUAUACUUGGUGAAAAUUUUACAGAUUCGCUUAUCAUGAUGCCAAAGAUGUAUAAAAUGUAAUUAAAAAAUCAAGUUAUAAAGUUAGGAUUCUGAGAACUCAAAAUUUUCCUGUAAAAUGUGUAAAUAAAAAAAAUAUAUAUAAGUUAAA